CUCGCUUUCUGUCUCUUUGGUGACUCGCUGCCUGCAGCAGCUGCGAUAAAACACCCAGGCGAGGUGGUGGAAGUCACGACGUACGUGCAUUAAUAUAUCAGUAAAAAAUAACGAUGGCUCUUGAGUCGCGGAUCACGCAGGAGGAAAUCAAGAAGGAGCCAGAGAAGCCCAUUGACCGAGAAAAGACCUGCCCUCUUCUGCUGCGAGUAUUCACCACCAACAGCGGCCGACAUCACAGAGUAGAUGAGUUUGCUCGUGGCAAUGUCCCCUCCAGUGAACUGCAGAUAUACACAUGGAUGGAUGCUACUCUGAAAGAACUGACCAGCCUGGUGAAGGAAGUGUAUCCAGAGGCCAGGAAAAAGGGAACACACUUUAGCUUCGCCAUAGUCUACCCUGACCCCAGGGGGAAAGCAUACAGGCUGAAAGACAUUGGCAGUACUGUGUCCGGCAGGAAGGGUACAGAUGACUCCAUGACGUUGCAGUCUCAGCGCUUCCAGAUCGGAGACUAUCUGGACAUAGCUAUCACGCCACCUAACAGGGCGCCACCCCUCAGCACACGCAUGAGACCAUUCUAAACAUGCACACAUGCAUACACAUGCAUAGCAACACACCUAAUUCUGGUUUUGUUUUCUCUUUUGCAUAAUCUUGGAUGGUUUUUGCCUCAUUUUAUAAAAUGUGAUGUGAAUAAAGUUGUUGUUUUUUCCAAA